ACCGCUUCGCUUCCUGCCGCUGGCAAGUCCUAGCAGUAGGCUUGUGUUCGCGCUUUUGCGUCGUGUUCCAAAUCGGGUAAAUUCUAAUAAGGGGAGACCCUUCGCACUCCACGCUACCGUCCAGGCGUCAAACCACGGUAUCGUCUCCUGUACAAGCAAUCAUGAGCGACCGAGAGGGCACCCCGGAGGAGGUCCACGAGGAGGAGGAGGAGGCCUACCAACAGCAGGGGGGCCAGCAGCAGAUGGGGGACGGGGCCGGGGGAGAGGCUCCCUCUGAGGAGGAGGAGGAGGAAGAGGCCGAGGAGGAGGAGGAGAAGAGCAGGGGAGACGAGGGCUCCCCCGGGGAGGAGGAGGCCAGCCAGAGCAGGGAGGCGCACGACCGCCGGAGACCGCCCUCGCGCUCACGGUCCCGCUCGCGGAGUCAUUCCCGAUCAUCUCGCAGGAGACAUCGUCACUACAGUCACUCUCGAUCCCGUUCACGUUCACCCAGGCGGAGCAGCAAGUACUACUCCCGUGGCAGGAGAAACAUGACUGAAGAUGGCUCCCAACAUGGGAGCCACAGUCGUUCUCCCAUGUCUAACAGGCGCCGUCACAUUGGAAGUCGGGACAACCCCAAUGCAAGCCGCUGCCUGGGGGUGUUUGGCCUGAGUCUGUACACGCAGGAGAGGGACCUGAAGGAAGUGUUCUCCAAGUAUGGACCCCUCGAGGAUGUGCAGGUGGUCUACGACGCUCAGUCUGGUCGAUCCCGUGGUUUCUCGUUCGUGUACUUCGAGAACGUCGAGGAUGCAAAGGCGGCAAAGGAUCGCUGCAACGGGCUGGAGAUCGACGGCCGCAAGAUCCGUGUGGACUACUCCAUCACCCAGCGAGCACACACACCAACUCCGGGGAUCUACAUGGGCAAGCCGUCCUAUGGUGGAGGCUAUGGCGAGGGCAGCGGCGGAGGAGGUCGCAGCGGUGGGGGCGGCGGCGGUGGCUACCGGGGUGGCUAUCGGGACCGCUCCCCCUCUCCCUACUACAGCCGGGGCAGGCGGGGCUACUCCCGUUCCCGCUCUCGCUCGUACUCGCCCCGGAGGUACGGAUACUACUAAGGCGCUCGAAAAAAUCGCUCCUCUUUCAUCAACCUCCAAACUCCUUUUGCACCCCCUUGUACUGUCCCUGCCACCAUGCUUAUCAUUUCCCAGCAGGAGCAAAAAAUGCAUCGCAAAACUUUGUAAUUUUGAGGAAACUUCAAGUUUUCUUUACGGCUUUUUUUUUCUUUUUUCUUUUUUUUUUUUAGUUGAAGUGUACGGGCACGUCUGUGACAAAAACUAGCCUGGUCCCGACUGUGCAAAUAAAUGUGCCGUGGUGGGAAGCCCGUCCCCACGCCUUUGUCAGUUUGUGUUUGUUGCGACGCGGCCCUCUCACCGCCGGAGGCACGCAUUGUUCUCGUAGCUAUGCCUGGCUGCAGCCAAUAAACGAGUGUGAGAAAGUGU